AUGGCGCCUUGCUUAUGCACAUUGACUCCAUUACCAUCUCCUUCAACCUCCAUAUCCAAGUUCAUAUUAGAUCAACCUUGCCUUUCAAUCAUACAAACCAAAUGCUCCACCAUUAAAGAUCUUCAAAUAAUCCAUGCCCAAAUCAUCAAGACCGGCUUAAUCAAGGACACCAUUGCCGCCUCUCGUCUCUUGGCCUUUGCAGCCACCUCCCCUGCGGCGGAUAUCAAUUAUGCUCUCAUGCUCUUCGAUCAAAUUCAGAAUCCUAAUCUUUUUAUUUGGAAUACUAUCAUUAGAGGCUUCUCCAGGAGCUCGAACCCUCGCAUGGCAGUAUCUUUGUUUAUUGACAUGUUGAUUCAAUUAUCUGUGGAGCCAGAAAGACGCACUUACCCUUCGGUUUUCAAGGCUUAUGCUGAACUUGGUUUGGCACGAGAUGGAGCUCAGCUUCAUGGUAGAAUUCUGAAACUAGGUUUACAAUUUGAUGUUUAUAUACGUAAUAGCAUUGUACACAUGUAUGCGAAUUGUGGGUGUUUUGGUGAAGCACUUGAACUGUUUAGAGAUGGUGAAGAUAUGGAUGUGGUUGCUUGGAAUUCAAUGAUCUUAUCUCUUGCUAAAUUUGGGAAAGUAGAAAAUGCACGGGACCUGUUCGAUAAUAUGCCUCAGAGAAGUUCUGUUUCUUGGAACAAUAUGAUAAGUGGGUAUGUAAGGACCGGGAAUUGGGUUGAGGCCUUGAGUUUUUUUAGCAUUAUGCAAGCGGAAAAGAUCAAGCCAAACGAGUUUACGCUUGUGAGUUUGUUAAAUGCUUCUGCGCACUUAGCAGCAUUGAAUCAAGGGGAAUGGAUUCAUGAUUACAUAAAAAAGAACAGAAUCGAGUUGAAUGUGAUUAUGGUUACUGCAAUCAUCAACAUGUAUUGCAAAUGUGGGAGCAUUGAAAAGGCAUGGCAAGUGUUCGAAUCAGCCUCUACAAAAGGAUUGUCGUGUUGGAACUCAAUGAUCAUGGGUCUUGCAAUCCACGGGCGUGAGAAUGAAGCAAUCGAGUUAUUCUCCAGGUUAGAGUCGUCCGAAUUUAAGCCUGAUGAUGUAAGUUUCAUCAGUGUUCUAAUGGCAUGUAGUCACUCUAGAUUGGUCAAAAAAGCCAAAUACUAUUUCUCUUUAAUGACCAAAAAAUACAACAUCAAACCGUCAAUUAAGCACUAUGGUUGCAUCAUAGAUGUGCUAGGAAGAGCAGGGUUACUUAGAGAAGCAGAAAUGGUCAUAAAAAGUAUGCCCAUGAAACCAGAUGCUGUCAUAUGGGGAUCUCUUCUGUCAUCUUGUAGGAGCUAUGGAGACAUAAAAAUGGGAGAAUGGGCUUCAAGGAAUCUGCUUGAUUUGGGUGUGGACGAGAGCUGUGGCCAUGUGCUUUUGUCGAACGUUUAUGCAGGUGAAGGUGAUUUCGAGAUGGCGAUACAAGAGAGGAUGCUAAUGAAAGAAAAAGGGAUAGAAAAGAACCCGGGAUGUAGCUUAAUUGAAGUGAAUGGGGAAGUUCAUGAGUUUCUUGCGGGUGGAAGGUUGCAUCCUCAAGUCCAAGAGAUCCGGUUGUUGUUAGAAAACUUGACCUUGAAAGUACGGGAUAUCAAUUUCCACAACCACGACUUUUGAU